AUGGUCGUCCCAACUACCAAUGUCGUGCAGCAAGACCUCGCUGGUAAAGUCGCCCUAGUGACAGGAGGCAGCCGCGGCAUCGGAUCCGGUAUUGCACUCGAGCUAGCCAAGAAGGGAGCUUCAGUAGCCAUCAACUACGCCCGGGACCCAGUAUCAGCCGAAAAGAUCGUCCGAGAGAUCCAGGCACUUGGAGUGCAUGCUGCAGCUUUCCAGGCAGACCUGACCCAAGUCGAGUCAAUCGAGGUCAUGUUCAAGCAGGUAGUUGCCCACUUCGGCCAGCUGGACAUCGUAGUGUCGAACUCCGGAACUGAGAAGUUUGUUUCACUUGCUGAUACCACGCUCCGCGACUUUAACGAUGUCUUCGACCUCAACACCCGCGCCCAGUUCUUCGUCGCGAAGAACGCCUAUGAUCAUAUACAGCCUGGUGGCCGGGUCAUUCUGAUGUCUUCCAUCGCUGCUGGUGUCGGUGUCCCUGGUCACUCGCUGUACGCUGGUAGCAAGAGUGCGAUCGAGGGCUUCACUCGCUGCUUUGCCGCUGACUUCGGAAAGAAGCGCUGCACUGUGAAUGCCAUUGCACCGGCUGGUGUAAAGAGUGACAUGUGGCUCAAAAACUCCUGGCGCUAUGCCCCUGGCUGCGAUCAGAACUCGUCCAUCGAGGACAUUGAGGCUGCUCUGGCUAAUGGUAGCCCUUUGAAGCGCUGCGGUGUGCCAGCUGACAUCGGUCGUGUUGUGGCUUUCCUUUCCAGCCCCGCGGGAGAAUGGGUUAACGGUCAAAUCUUGCCCCUGAACGGAGGCGCUAAUAUCUAA